AUGAGAAAGAAGGAAGAAAGAGAUACUACAGAAACUCUUCGAAUCUUUUUUUCGUCGCCGUUUAAUGGCAUGGAAAAAGAGAGAGAAGAGCUAACUAAAUUUUAUUUUCCACAUAUUCAUGAUAUGUGCAAUAAUCGUGGCUAUCAAUUUAUUCCUGUGGAUUUGAGAUGGGGUAUUACUAAGGAAUCAACUUCUAAAUAUCAAACGAUUGGAAUAUGUCUUAGCGAGAUUGACAGAAGUGAUAUAUUUGUUGGCAUGUUUGGCCAGAGGUAUGGCUGGAAUGGAUUUCAAGAUGAUCUGUUACAAAAAACUUUUGAUUAUGCACAGAAAUCUUAUCCCUGGUUAGAACACUAUCGCGAUCGCUCCGUUACUGAAUUAGAAUUCCUACAUGGUCAUUUAAAUAAUAUCGGUGCAUUACCAGCAUGUUUUUUCUUUCGAGAUAAGUCGUAUGAUGAUGAGCAAUUGAAAAUUUGCCAAGAAAAAGGACUAACUCAGCGUAUGAAUGCCUUCAAGGUGGAAAGUGAUAAAACAUAUACGAUGUUGAAUGAUUUAAAAAGAAGAAUUAAAGAAACCGAGGACAAAGGUGCCAGAGAAAUUUAUCUAACGUUGCAUAAGUAUUUGACCGAAGUCUUCUUCAUCCACCGUGCCGAUGAGGAUGAUCCAGUUAGCUCAAUCUUAACAUUCCAUGAUGCCUUUUAUAUAAAUAGACUGUCAUUAGGAGAUAAAUAUGUUGGAAGCCAUGACUAUUUGAAUGUUGUGAAUCGGCAUGCAUAUGAUGAGGACGUACCACUUUUAGUUACUGGUAGAGGCGGUAGUGGCAAAUCUGCUCUAUUGGCUAACUGGUUAAAAAAUCAUCAGUCGAAGCAGCGAGACAAAAAAUUGGUUGUUGCAUAUCAUUUUGUCGCGAGCACAGCUAAGAACGCCCAAGAUGUUCUAGUCAUCUUGACGAACAUUGUUAAUCAACUACGUAAAAGCCAGAAGUUACCAUUAAAGGAACAUGAUAACGCCAAGGAUGCUUCAAAAUCCUUGAAUAAAAUCCUCACAAUACUUUCAAAAAAAGAAUAUUCGGUCGUUAUCCUUGUUGAUGGAUUAGAUCGUGUGACCAGUCGCGGAAAGUCUGAGCGUGGCAUGCUAAAGCUAAGAGGAAAGGCUUUAUCACCGAAUCAGAUGGACGUCGUCUUGAGUCAACAAGAAUGUAAGAAUCCAUUAUAUCUAAAAGUUGUACUUGAGGAAUUAUCCGUCCACGGAAAAUUUGAAACAAUUGACGACCGUAUAAAGGAAUUAUUGAGUUGUAAUGACACAAAAGAGUUGUUUAUCAAGUUUUUGGAACGUUUAGAGAUGGAUUAUAACACAGACAGCUCUACUAAUGUUAUUAAAGAUAUUAUGUGCUACCUAAGUAUUUCAAAAGAGGGUCUCACAGAAAAAGAAAUCAUAGACUUAACUGGACUGGAAUCUACACAGUUAACUAUGAUUUAUUAUGCCACAAAUAAAUAUUUAUCUCAUCGUUCUGUCCUAUUAAAAUUCAUAUAUGACGAACUGAAUGAGGCUAUUCGUAGUAUUUAUUUACAUGAUCAAUCCAAGGAAGAUUAUUAUUAUGAAUCGCUUAUAAAUUACUUUAGUAGUAAAUUGAUGUCUAUCUCUUCUUCGCAACUGGAUAUCACAAUUUUAUCACGAGUUGCCACGGAAUUGCCUCAUUUGCUAAUAAAAUCUGGUCGCUUUAAUGAACUCGCAAAUUGUAUAUGUAAUAUCCAUGUAUUCCAAUGGAUGGCUAAGAAUGGUGUAAUAGAUUUAGCUGAAUAUUGGAUUCAGACGAAACUUGAACCGGAAGAGAUAAACAGCAUGUUAGAAACCUCAAUCAAAAAUGAAUUAGCAAGCGUAUACGCUGACCGCUAUGACGAAUUUCACGCGCCUAAUCAAGCUAUUAACGAGAUCGAAAAGGUCCUUGAAACUGUUACAGCAUUUCUCAACAGGCUAGCUCAAUAUGAGUCAGAGGAAUACUUCUUGAAAUGGCGCCUUCGUCUCGUUAAAUCACGAUUUAGCGAAGAUGAGUCAGAUAGCCAGUCUGAAUGGCUAGCAGACAUACUAAGAAACUUGGCCAUACUGUAUGUUGACACUAAUAGAUUUAUUGAAGCUGAACCUUUGCACUUGCAAGCCUUAAAUAUCUAUGAAAGUAUUGGAUCGAAACUUCAAAUUGCACGAUCUCUUAAUGGAUUAGGUUUACUCUAUUUUAGUAAAAUGCACUAUGAUAAGGCGUCAGAAUAUAUGUUGAAAGCUAUUGAAAUGCAUAAAGAACAGGAAGACAGCUAUGAAUAUGCAGAUUCUAUUAAUAAUUUAGCCUGCAUUUACAUGCAAACUGACAAGUAUACUGAGGCUGAAACAUUAUUUUGCCAAUCUUUAAAAAUUUAUGAAGAGUAUUACUAUGGAAUACGAAAUUUAUCUAUGUGUGGUAGUUACAACAACUUGGCUCGCUGUUAUCGAAAUCUUGGAAUGUUAGAUAAAGCAGAAUUUUACUAUAAAAAAGCCUUAGAUACAAGGUUGGAUCUCAUUAAAUCCAAUCAUCCAGAUAUUGCUGAAUCUUAUAUUAACAUGGGCACCUUUGAAUUAAUCAAUAAGCGGAAUUAUAAAACUGCAGAAGAAUUUUUCACGAAAGCACUUGCUAUCUAUGAGACUGUUUACAGUGGCAAUCAUAUUCAGAUUGCCGUGACAUGUGAAAAUUUAGCCCUGACGCAUAUGUAUCAAAGCAACUUAGGCGAAGGUGUUCCGCAUUUUGAGCGAGCAAGUAAGAUAUUGUUCGCCUUGGACCAAAUGCAUGCCAGUUUAGCGCCACUAAAUGCAGGCUAUAUUGAAUAUUACCUCGAUAAUCAGCUUUUCGAUGACAUUAAAGCAUUAAUCAAAAGGAUUACUCAUCGGUCAUUAUGUCCAGAUAGAAAUUUUGCUGUCUUAGACUGGAUUAAUGGUGGAAUGCUAGCUAAUCAAAGGCCGCCCUUAAGCUUAACGACGCUGGACAUCACAUUUCAUUUAUGCGGCGAAAAAAGUUCCAAAACAGUCGCUCAGUAUAUAGAUAUGCUAUUAAAAAUUUAUAAUAGUCACACUAAAGCCGAAAUACGCAAAUAUUGCUUGCAAUCAUUGGAUUAUUUUGAGAAAAACUUUAGUGUACAAGAAAUCAAUGUAGCAAAGGUUUAUGAGAUACUAGCGGCAUUAUAUUCCUCUAGUAAAGAAGAAAAUGACACCUUGCAAUUUCUCGAUUAUAUCGGUAAAGCAGUCAGUAUCUUCGAAGCCGCAAAUAACUGGUCACAAGCUAAUGCCUCUCUAUACGCUUUUACAGUUGAUUAUUAUCUAAAUAACAAUUUACUUGACCAAGCACGUUGUUUACUGAGUAAGAUCACAGGGACUGAAUGCAGUUCAGGAAGGGACUAUGCUGCCCUAGAUUGGUUAGAUAGCCAAUUACCUAAAGAUGAGCGCACUUUGAGACCAAAACAUCAAUCCAUUGAUGCUGGCUUGCAAAAACACCCAGAUAACCUAAUGCUCAUUUCUCGCAAAAUUGCCGAUUUUGUUCCUGAUAUGGAAAAAAUUAUUUCUAUGCUGGACGAUGCUGGUGACAUUCCUAGUUCGCAUUUUACCUCUGUUUACGAUGUUAUAUGUCGUGAUUCGCCAAGUUGCCGACAAGCGGCAAUUAGAGUUUUACAAGCUGGGUUAAGAAAACAUCCAGAUAGCCCGGAUAUUCUAUCCAUAUUAGCACCAACGCUGGCAUCAUACAAGCGAUACGAUGAUGCAGCAAAGUACUACCAGAAGCUUGUAACAGUACUUUCAAACAACCCAAGCUUAGAGUAUAGUUACGCCAAAGUUAUGCUACUUCAAGAGAAACCCGAUCUGGGCAAAAUUCAGUUAGAAAAGGCCCUUCAGGCAGCUCAAUCGAAUAAUGAUGAAGCAAUUGCCGCUCAAAUACAAGAUACUAUCAAUGACCUGGUGACCUGGAUGAAUAAGAAGUGA